CUGGUCGUCGGAUAAACGUUGUACUGCGAUUGCCGAAUUUUAGUUGUUGUUGUCAAUCGCAAAAUUUUUGUCUCAAUCGAUUUUUUAUUAUAUAUUUAAGAAAAUAGCAUUUAAAGACAUAAGCAAAAAAACAACGAACAUGGAUGGUUUGCUAGACGAGGAAUUGGAAUCGCUAGAGGCGAUUCUCAUGGACGAUGUGCGCAUUGUACGAGGCGCCAGUGGCGCUGUGGACAUCAUUGAGACAACGGUGCUGCCGCUUACUGGCGAGGAGGAUGAGCAGAAGUAUAUUUGUGUCACUCUCCAGGUGCUGCCCCCGCCUGGCUAUCCGGAUGUGAGUCCAGAAUUUAAGCUGCUACGUCCCCGUGGCCUGGACGAUGCCCGACUAGAAGCCAUACGCAGUGCGUGUGACGCAAAGAUCAACGAGUCACUCGGUCUGCCAGUCGUUUUCGAUUUGAUCGAGGUGGUGCGCGAGCAUUUGACCGGCAGCAAUUUGCCCAGUGGUCAGUGCGUCAUCUGUUUGUAUGGCUUUAGCGAGGGCGAUGAGUUCACACGCACCGAGUGCUUCCAUUACCUACACAGCUAUUGCUUGGCCCGGCAUUUGAAUGCGCUGCGUCGCACUUUCCAGGAGGAGUUCGAGAAGUUACCCGCCUGGCUGCAGAAGACUGCAGAUCCUUUUCAGGCUCUGUGCCCCGUCUGUCGGGAGCAUAUACGCGAUGAAUCAGACAGUUUGAAGUGCGCGAUGCCGCCUGCCGAGCUGGAAAAUGCGCCCGAUUUCAAAGUGACACAGGAACUGCGGCAAAUGCAGCAGCAUAUGUCGCAACUCUAUCUGCAGCAAAAAAGCCGCGGCGCUAUCAUCGAUGCAGAGGCUGAGGCAGGCACAGUCAUAGCCAUCGAAACGGAGGAGGAUGUGCGUCGGCGUCGAAGUCGCGAAGAGGCCGAGGCAGCUAAGAAGCUGGCCGGCACGGCAGAACCAGCUAGCAGCACAGCCGCGCAGGCAAAGCCAGUAGUCAGCAGCUUUGCUCCUGUAGUGCAGGAGACGCAACGUGUGCUGCCAGAGCCCACAAAUAACAACUAUCAGCAUCACAAUCGUCGACAUUAUCGCGGUGGCCGGCGACAUCACAAUCACAAUCAUCACCAUCACCAUCAUCAUCAUCGAGGCGAUGUGGCGCAGAGCUCUGGCACAGCAGCUGGCGGAGCUGGAGGAGGAGGAGGAAGUGGCGGAGCUGCUGCUGCUGGUGGAGCUGGCAGCGGUGCCAACUCUACAGGCGGCAAACAGCCAAAGGCGCAAACUGCCGGCAGCGGCCAUGCCAGGUGACAGUGGCGCAGCACUUGGAUGCUGCGUCUAACGAUUCUAAAUGAAAUAAAAGACGCAGCCCUGAUGCUAACUAUACCAAUGCCACAGCUGUUGCCCCUGCUUCUGCUUCCUCAUCUGCCGCCCUGCUGCUAAUAUACAACACACACAAAACUCUACCCCAUACUUCAAGACCAGCUCCUAAGCUUCUGUUUUUGUUUUGUUAACUUUUUUAUUUUUGUUUAAUUUCGUCUUUAGUGCAACACUCGAUUUCUGUGAAAGCUUGUGCCAAGUGUUUGGUACAACUCCUGACGGAUUGCUUUAUAAGGCUGACUGAGCCAAGAGGUUGUCUCAGGGGCUGAUUGAUUACUCAGACAUUGAGAGAGCUUUUGGCUCAGCUGCUGAUUGAUUAAUUAACUUAUCUUUAGUUUAGCUGUAUGGCAAGCGUGGUUUACAAAUAUCAAUUGAUCUACGAAUCUAUGUAUAUUUAUGUAUUUAGUUUUAUCUUAGAUAUGUAUAUCUAUAUUUGUACUUGUAAUGGCUGACAAAAGACUUGCUGCAAUUAUUGCCAGCGAUAUUAUUAGGGGAUUCCGUUGUAAUAGAUGAUAGUUAUUAGCAGCACCAACUGGCAGCGCUGGCGUUGACGUACACACACACACACACACACACACACACAGAGUAAUUCACAUACACAGAUACACACUUUGAUAUUUACUAGAACGCAUAAACUGCAAUCCGCACUUGAAACUUUAGCAUAAAUGUUUAACUCGUAACUCCUCCCCAUUCCCUGGUAACUUUUCUGAGACAGUAAUAAGCACAAAAGACAAGAAAAUAAAGACAAUGAUAAACAGACAUCCCCUAGGCACGAUAUCUAUAGUUGUGGGCAUGUCCUCCUAUUAGCAGCGCCAUUCUAGUCACUUUUUGAGAUGACAGAACCGGGAAAUUACAAAUACAUAACACUAACUAGCAACUAUAUAGAUGUAUACGUUUGCAUUCAAAUAUUUAAAUGUCUAUUUAAUUAAAUGUUGAUGUAUAAGUCAAGAAGGCAAAAGCAAAAAGCAUGCAAUUCAUGCGGUUUGUAAUGCAUGUACUACGAAUACCAAAUUUCAAUGUGUCAAAAACAAAAAGCAAAUACGAAUACAAA